AUGAAAACCAUCCGAGCAUGUUCGGGAUCCAGGCCCAGAAACGGGAAGGCGACCAACAAAGCCGACGAAGGGACGAGCAGGGCGCAGCAGAAUGCCAGCACUGAAGCGACGCUCAUCACGAAGGCUGUCGUGAGCACAGUGAGGACUCGAGCACCAUGGAAUGCUGUUAGCUAUCUCACCUGGAUCUACGAUGCCCAGACCAACACCUUGAAGCAGCAAGACACCAAACAGGAAAUGAUAUGUCGGCAUUGUGGGAACAGCAAUGGAUAUGAUAGAAAGCUCAUCACUUUGCUCAUCAUCGCACCGAAAGCGCAGAAAGUGACGAACAGCUUGUCACUUUUUCGCGGCUUUUCGUCAGAGGGAAAACGGAAGAUAGUUGCACCAUUUUCUGCGAUUUGUUCAGAUACAAGAGAUUCUACAUCAGACGAUCUGCGGCUUGAUGAUGCAGCCAAAGCUGCUUCCGGUGGGAUUCCCAGGUCGGUUGCGAUGGGAGAACUCGGGGCUUCAUUUUCCUCUGAUGGAUUCAUUUUUGGAGUCUUCAAUAAUAACUUCCGAAACUAUGCAUCAGUUGCCAGAGGAAGCAUCAGGAUCAAUCAGGGCCCCCAACACAGAACUCCGGCAAUCAACAAUCGUCCUGGGAUUCCACCGGUGCGGAUUAAGAAGGGCAGAACUGCGAACGGCCUUCUUGUUGCGGAGUUUAGUCCUGUCCGUGCGUGUGCAUUGGAUGUUUCAGUGACCCUUAUUGUUGGAAAUGGAUGUUCAUGUCCUUGA